AAACAAAGGAAGAAAAAUAGCAAGUAGAAUGGUUUUGACGGAAGAAGGUGGUGAAGUUAUGGCGGCGGCGCAACGGAAACUUAUGAUGACGCUCUUCCGUCGGUCUCAUCCAUUACCUGAAAUAGUCAAACUUAGAAAAUGUCGUAUUAUCACUCUUCAAUGCUCCCACCCAAUACCAACUACUUUCCUCUUUCUUUGUCUUGUGUUUCUUACUUGGUCAUGGCCUUUUCCUUCUAAACUCUCUCUCUCUCGAGAUUUCGUUUUUUCCUUGGGUCUCCUCUGUUUCCUCCUCUCUCGAUAUGUUUUCGACCCAUCAUGUCUCUCGUCUCCUCAUACCUCUGCUCUUCUUCUUCCUCUUCUGUUGCUUUUCUUCUACUUUUGCUCAAGACGACAUCACCAAUCCCGUUGAAGUGAGGGCUUUGCGAGUGAUCAAAGAAAGUUUGAACGAUCCUGUUCAUAGAUUGAGAAAUUGGAAGCAUGGAGACCCGUGCAAUUCGAAUUGGACUGGUGUUGUCUGCUUCAACUCCACUCUUGAUGAUGGUUAUCUUCAUGUCAGCGAAUUGCAAUUGUUCAGUAUGAAUCUCUCAGGGAACUUGUCUCCGGAGCUUGGCCGGUUGUCUCGUCUUACUAUCCUGAGUUUCAUGUGGAAUAAGAUCACCGGAAGUAUACCAAAGGAAAUUGGGAAUAUCAAGUCCUUAGAACUCUUGCUCCUGAAUGGAAAUCUGUUAAAUGGAAACUUACCAGAGGAGCUAGGGUUUCUUCCAAACUUGGACAGAAUACAGAUUGAUGAAAACCGUAUAUCAGGACCACUUCCCAAAUCUUUUGCAAACUUAAACAAAACGAAGCACUUUCACAUGAACAAUAAUUCUAUUAGCGGGCAGAUACCACCAGAGCUUGGAAGCCUACCAUCCAUUGUUCACAUCCUUCUUGAUAACAACAAUUUAUCAGGCUAUCUUCCCCCUGAGUUAUCAAACAUGCCGCGUUUACUUAUCCUACAAUUAGAUAACAAUCACUUUGACGGGACUACGAUUCCACAAUCUUAUGGAAACAUGUCUAAACUUUUGAAGAUGAGUCUUAGGAACUGCAGCUUGCAAGGGCCAGUGCCUGAUCUUAGCAGCAUACCGAACCUUGGUUAUUUGGACCUAAGUCAAAAUCAGUUAAAUGGAUCUAUACCUGCAGGGAAGCUUUCUGAUAGUAUCACAACCAUCGAUCUAUCCAAUAACAGUCUAACUGGAACCAUUCCAACAAAUUUCUCAGGCCUUCCACGGCUUCAAAAGCUGUCGCUUGCAAACAAUGCUCUGAGUGGUUCCAUUCCCUCUAGAAUAUGGCAGGAAAGAGAGCUGAAUUCAACCGAGAGUAUUAUCGUGGAUCUGCGGAACAAUGGGUUUUCAAAUAUCUCUGGCAGAUCCGAUCUCCGUCCAAAUGUGACCGUCUGGCUUCAGGGGAAUCCGUUGUGCUCAGAUGGAAAUCUGCUUCGAUUGUGUGGACCUAUAACUGAGGAAGACAUUAAUCAGGGUUCAACCAAUUCUAAUACUACAAUUUGUUCUGACUGCCCACCCCCUUAUGAAUUUUCACCAGAACCUCUUAGACGUUGCUUUUGUGCUGCUCCUCUGCUUGUUGGAUAUCGGUUGAAAAGUCCUGGUUUCUCGGACUUUGUUCCUUACAGAUCCGAAUUUGAGCAAUAUAUCACCUCUGGUCUUAGUUUGAAUCUGUAUCAGCUACGCCUUGACUCAUUCCAGUGGCAGAAAGGACCUAGACUUCGAAUGUAUUUGAAGUUCUUUCCUGUUUUUGGUUCAAAUGCCAACAAUUCUUUCAUAUUCAAUCGUAGCGAGGUUCGGCGAAUAAGGGGCAUGUUCACUGGAUGGAAUAUCCGAGACGAAGAUCUCUUUGGUCCUUAUGAGCUUAUGAAUUUCACAUUGUUAGAUGUCUACAGAGAUGUGUUUCCUUCAGCUUCGCCAUCUGGUCUAAGUAAUGGUGCAGUUGCGGGAAUAGUUCUUGGUUCUGUUGCAGCUGCAGUAACGCUAACUGCUAUCAUUGCCCUUAUCAUUAUGAGAAAACGUAUGAGAGGAUACAGUGCAGUUGCUAGAAGAAAGCGAUCUUCCAAAGCUUCUUUGAAAAUCGAAGGUGUGAAGAGCUUCACUUAUGCUGAGUUGGCUCUGGCUACAGACAAUUUUAAUAGUUCCACUCAAAUUGGGCAAGGGGGUUAUGGAAAGGUAUACAAAGGUACACUUGGGAGUGGAACGGUUGUGGCAAUUAAAAGAGCACAAGAGGGAUCAUUGCAGGGUGAGAAGGAGUUCCUAACUGAAAUUGAAUUGUUAUCGAGAUUGCAUCACAGAAACCUUGUUUCGUUGCUUGGAUUCUGUGAUGAAGAAGGCGAACAGAUGCUGGUUUAUGAGUACAUGGAAAAUGGUACUUUGCGAGACAACAUUUCUGUUAAAUUAAAAGAGCCUCUAGACUUUGCGAUGAGACUACGGAUUGCUUUAGGUUCAGCCAAGGGAAUCUUGUAUUUACACACGGAAGCUAAUCCCCCGAUAUUUCAUCGCGAUAUCAAAGCAAGCAACAUAUUGUUGGACUCCAGAUUCACCGCAAAGGUUGCAGAUUUUGGACUCUCAAGACUUGCCCCAGUACCUGAUAUGGAAGGCAUCUCACCUCAGCACGUGUCUACUGUUGUAAAAGGGACUCCUGGUUACCUUGACCCGGAAUAUUUCUUGACUCAUCAAUUGACGGACAAAAGUGAUGUAUAUAGUCUAGGCGUAGUGUUGUUAGAGCUCUUUACUGGAAUGCAGCCAAUCACACAUGGCAAGAACAUUGUGCGAGAGAUCAACAUUGCCUACGAGUCUGGUUCGAUAUUAUCAACCGUGGAUAAGAGAAUGAGCUCAGUUCCAGACGAAUGCCUCGAAAAGUUUGCAACUUUAGCGCUGCGAUGCUGCAGAGAGGAGACAGAUGCGAGGCCUUCAAUGGCAGAAGUUGUAAGAGAACUAGAAAUCAUAUGGGAACUGAUGCCGGAAUCUCAUGUAGCCAAGACAGCGGAUCUCUCUGAGACAAUGACUCAUCCAUCAUCGUCAUCGAAUUCUUCAAUCAUGAAGCAUCAUUAUACAUCGAUGGAUGUCUCCGGCUCUGACCUCGUCAGUGGAGUUGCUCCCUCAGUUGCACCUAGAUAGAAACUUUCUUCGACUCAUACACCAUACACUGUUUCUUUGAUUAUUCAGUGUGAUUUUGUUGUUGUUCUUUCUUUGUACAGGAAAAAUGAUUGUAAGCGAUGUAACGG